AUGUCGAAACAAAUCACCUCUCCAAAUUCUUCAUUUGAGCCUUUGGAUCUUCUUUCAUUCUCGAGAUCUGGGCGAACCACGCCCUUCCAUAUAUUCAUCGAUUUCAUCAUGCCGCAGUUUCUAGACCAAUUAUCCAAGCGAAAGAAACACCUAACUCCUAGCCAAAAGGAGGACGAAGGUAUACAGCUAAAGUUUAUGAAAAUCCUGGAGGAACUAAAGUGCGUAGAAAAUGGCUGUGAGAGACUGAAGGAAUGGGGAGACCGCGUCAACAAUGAGUUCAAAGAUUUGAUUCUCAACAAUUUGGACGAUGCCAUCAGAGAAGGAAAAGAAGAAUCAAGAAAAUCCAUUGAAACCAAAAUCCUUGAAGAAAAGCUUGACCAAACCCUUGGAGUUGUCUUAACGUUAAAGACUCGACUCGAUUCAAUCAAAAAACUCUCUUCAGAUAAUUUGGAGUCUAGAAGCUUCAAACCUUCCCGCUUUGCUAAGAAGUUAGAGCUAAAUAUCGAAAACAUGAUGUCUGAGAGCUCAAUUUUGAAGGAGAUUCGGGAGGUCUACCAUGGUCUAAAAGAAGAAUGGAAGCAAAGCUGUUUGCUCUGUUUCUCGGUGUUCCCUCAGAACACGGUCAUCAAGAAGAAAGCAUUGGUCCACUGGUGGGUAGGUGAGGGUUUUUUAUCCGACACUAGUGCCGAGGAGAAGGGCAACGGUUUGUUCGAAGAAUUUAUCGCCAGAGGCAUCAUCGAGCGCGUUCCCAAAAAGCGCAGACCAAGCUCAGAACUCUGCAAGAUGCACCCGUUAAUUCGCUACGCUGUAAUUCGGCUUGCGGAAACAAACAACUUCACUCGCUUUCACCCAAAUGGAAAUCCAACUGCAGAUUUCUCUGACAAGAGUAAUACGAGGGGGGGAACAAGCAACUUCAUUCGCUCUCUCACAAAUAGAAAUCCAAUUGCAGAUUUCUCUGAGAAGAAGAAGAAUAAGAGGGGGUUCCUAGUAAAAACUGAAGAAGGAUAUUCGUCGCUUCGGGAGUUGACUUAUGGCUUCCGUCUGAAGGUGGAGAAAGUUGAAACUCUGUUUAACGUAAGUGAGCCGUAUGUUGAUUUAAGAGAGGACAGUUUAUCAGAGAUGAAGAAUUUGAAAGUUCUUCAAUUGGGUAGAUAUCAGGAGUCGACUAAGCAAGUUGUUGAAGUAGAUGAUACCGAGUUCUUGAACGAUUUAAAGAAAAUGAAACGUCUUAGUUACUUCAGCCUUAGGGGAAUCACUAGAGUUACGGCUCUUCCAGAUUCAAUUUGCAAACUCACCAAGCUAAUCAUCGUGGAUCUCCAUGCCUGUCAUUAUUUAGAGAGCCUUCCAGAAGGGAUAGGCUCACUGACAAACCUGACAUGGUUAGACAUAUCUGGGUGUUACUUGAUUAGCCACAUGCCUGCUGGACUUUCUAAGCUCUCAAAACUCCAAGUCCUUCAUGGCUUUUUGAUUGGUAAACCACCGAAAGAAAAAAAGCGUCCCGGGAAAACUUCAGGGCACGACGGCGAGAAUAGAAAUGGUUGUGUGCCCGACGUCCAGAAGGUCUGCAAGCUGAAAGAUUUGGCAAUUCUGGAAAGUUUGAAGAAGUUGAGCAUAAAUGUAGACAGAAGGUAUAAGACUGAGGACGUAGCGGAGCUGAUUGAUUUAUCAAAAUUUAAAAACCUCGUGUCGUUAUCGGUAGCAUGGCCAGAGAAAGAGCAGAGUAUCGAACAGGGAAAUUCAACGAACACAACUACCGCGACUCCGAAUCUUACAUCGCCUGCUUCUUUAACGAAACUGGAGCUUCGGUUUCUCCCUUGUUCUGAGAUGCCUGACUGGGUGACGAUCUUAAACCUGAAGAACCUGAAGAAGCUGUAUGUAAGGGGAGGAAAGCUGUCGCAAGUACUUCACCCAGUGGGAUGCGAGAAAUGGAAUGUUAGCAUUCUACGGUUGGAGUUGUUGAGUGAAUUGCAGAUGGAUUGGCGGCAACUGCGAGCACUGUUUCCAGAGUUGAGGUACGUGCAGAAAAUCAAAUGUCCUAAACUCAUUUUGUUCCCCUGUGACGAGAAUGGAGAGUGGGCAAGAGGCCGGGAAGCAGAUACAGAGCACGCAUGA